AUAAUUGAUAUUUCACCUAAUUGCUACCCUGCUACUUCGAUUCCUCCUUUCUUACCCCUAAAUCUUCGAUUGUGAACCACAACUGACCCUCUUGCCUGGCGGUUGAUUUGCUGACAUCCGGUGACGCUUUGGUGUGCGUCUUUUAUUCCACAAUUUUGUUGUUGUCUCCUUCAGGUUAAAUUGGUGAUGCUCCCUGUGAGAAGACUCUAAUUAGAAGUUGGAUUCAGGAAUGGAAGAACUAGAAGCAAAGUGAAUCUCCAGAUAGAACCCAACACAACCAUAACGUUAGGUGAUCUGGUAAUCAUUGAUUUUUUCACAACAACGAUGGGAGCAUGCAGUAAAUGAGACAAAGGAUUUUAAUACAGAGAAAAGCCUCCAGUGAUAGAUUUCCUCGAUUACUUUUAUUUCGUAAGGGAACCACAACAAAGGGAAGGCUGCUUAUUUCAUUCCAACAUGGUUCAUUUUUACAUGGUUAUAUAUAAUUUGUGUUUAUAAGAUUGGAGAAAAUCCAUCUGUUAAAAUCUUUGCUGGUUAUGAGAAGGGAAGAACAAAAGACCAAGUAAAGAAAGAAAAAACAUUUAUAGAAACAUGCUAAUUGUUUUUUUUAAUCUCUGUUAGGGUUAAGUGAUGAGAUGAGAAGGGACAACUUAGAUGGAAGUAAUCACUAAUUCACUCAAACUGAGGUUGUUGGGGGAGCAUUGGAAUAUCUUUUGUUGCUUUUUCUUAUUUUACAAACUUUUUUCUAGGAAAUUUGAGGACCUAUUUGACUUGGACCAUUUCAUUGACUACUUAAAAGACAAAGUCCAAAUUGUGCGUGAUAUCCCAUCAUGGUUCACUGAUAAAUCGGAGCUAUUCACAACCAUAAGACGGACAAUGAAAAACAUCCCAAAGUAUGCAUCAAAACAAUUCUACAUUCACAAUGUCUUGCAAUUACCUUCAUGUAUGGAAGGUGUGGUUCACAUUAAUCGAGUGGGAAAUAAUUUCAGCCAAAAUGAUCACAAUUUACGUUUUUACCCUCUCAGUAGGCUUAUGUAAAGCUGGACACAAUUCAUUCAUAACAUCAAAGGCAACACCUAAGGAAAACACCAAGCAGGAGCAAAAUGGUCAAAACAAACAAAAACACUUUAAAAUGGUCAAAACAGUAUGUGUAUGUGAUGUGUAUGUUUGUAAUAUGUGUCUACGUGCAUCUGUGAUUCUAUGUUUUACAACCGAACACCUUCUACCCCCACAAAACGGGGAUCCUUCCCUAGUUAUGAAUAACAAAUGUUAUGAUU